AUGGGCGCAUAUCUGAGUAGAAACUUGGGACGAUUGUGGGGUGAAAAGGAAGUUCGAAUACUGAUUUUGGGUCUUGAUGGGGCCGGAAAAACGACAAUAUUAUAUCGGUUACAGAUCGGAGAAGUUGUUACAACCAUUCCAACUAUCGGGUUUAAUGUUGAAACUGUAACAUAUAGGAACAUCAAAUUUCAAGUUUGGGAUUUAGGAGGUCAAACAAGCAUAAGACCUUACUGGCGGUGUUAUUAUGCAAACACCGAUGCCGUGAUAUAUGUUGUAGAUUCGGUAGAUCAUGCUCGUCUGAGUACCUCAAGAGAGGAGCUUCAUGCCAUGCUAGAGGAGGAUGAAUUACGUGAUGCUGCACUAUUGGUUUUUGCAAAUAAACAAGAUAUGGUUGGCGCAAUGACUUCUGCUGAAGUCUCAGAUGCUCUGGGAUUAGGAACACUAAAAAAUCGACAGUGGAGCAUCUAUAAGACAAGUGCCGUAAAAGGCGAUGGCCUGACGGAGGGUUUAGAUUG